AAUAUGACGUAUAUAAGUGCCAAUCUGCAUAAGCCUCAACCUUCUGUUCCGCAGAAAACCCUAGCUCAAUCGCACCUUCACGAUUAGGAGAUGGCGAAGUCGAAGAACCACACAGCUCACAACCAGUCCUACAAGGCCCACAAGAAUGGCAUCAAAAAGCCAAAGAGGCACCGCCACACUUCCACCAAAGGGAUGGAUCCCAAGUUUCUGAGGAACCAGAGGUACGCGAGGAAGCAUAACAAGAAGAAUGAAGUGCAGAAGCUUGGGUUUUGCUUUUAA